AUGUGGUCCCAGAGGAAACCAACCAACACGAAAUGUCAAUGUGGUUACAGAGGAACUAACCUCACUGAAGUUCUAUGUGGUCCCAGAGGAACCAACCUCAACACGAAAGUCAAUGUGGUUACAGAGGAACUAACCUCACUGAAGUUCUAUGUGGUCCCAGAGGAACCAACCUACACGAAAGUCAAUGUGGUUACAGAGGAACUAACCUCACUGAAGUUCUAUGUGGUCCCAGAGGAACCAACCUACACGAAAGUCAAUGUGGUUACAGAGGAACUAACCUCACUGAAGUUCUAUGUGGUCCCAGAGGAACCAACCUACACGAAAGUCAAUGUGGUUACAGAGGAACUAACCUCACUGAAGUUCUAUGUGGUCCCAGAGGAACCAACCUACACGAAAGUCAAUGUGGUUACAGAGGAACUAACCUCACUGAAGUUCUAUGUGGUCCCAGAGGAACCAACCUACCUGAAUGUCAAUGUGGUUACAGAGGAACUAACCUCACUGAAGUUCUAUGUGGUCCCAGAGGAACCAACCUACACGAAAGUCAAUGUGGUUACAGAGGAACUAACCUCACUGAAGUUCUAUGUGGUCCCAGAGGAACCAACCUACACGAAAGUCAAUGUGGUUACAGAGGAACUAGUUCUAUGUGGUCCUCACUGA